GUUGGAGAUGGUCUAGUUUGAGUUUGAGUUCGAGUUUGAUUUUGACUGAAGUUGAAGAUCCCUAACACAUCGCCAUAUGGGGUUUGCGGGAACCAGAUUCCAAGCGCGCCUUCUGUUCAAUUGAGCAGAACACAACACAACACAACACAACUCAACUCCACCGCUUUUCGCCUAAGUUAAACCCAUUAUUCGCUUUUGUUGUUGUUGUUGUUGUUGAGGAACCCUGACCUUUCUCCCGUCUUAUAUUUCAGUCCUUUGGUGGUUGAAGAGCAUCACUUCACUUUGAUCCCAAUCACAAUGAAAAUUGAAGGCAACUUGGAUAUUAUCGCAUUAAUUCACAAAUUCAAAUAUGGGUUUAGAACUUUGUCCAAUGUGAAGUGGGUUUCAGCUUCUGGGUUUCACAUAUCAGUGGCUAGUUUAUUGGGUGUUGCUGGUUUGGUCUUGGCUGUGAGAGAUGGUAAAAUUAGGAAUUUUAAUUGCUUACCCUGGUCCUCUGAUAGAGAUACUUCUUUGGAGAACAAGUGGAUGGUACCAGGAUUGCAAAAUCUUGGCAACAAUUGCUUCCUAAAUGUGAUUUUACAGGCUCUGGCUAGCUGUUCUUGCUUUCAAAGUUUUCUUCGAAAGACUGAGGAGGAAUUUGAAUCUUUGUUGGGUGAAGAAUGGGUUGAAAGCUUGCCACUUACAGUUGCCUUGGCUUCUUUGAUGGAAGAAUUAUGUAAUGUCCGACAUGGAAGAAUGGUAUUGAGUCCAUGGAAAUUAAUGCUUGUGAUGAAUCAUUACAUUUCUAACUUCAAUCUAGCAAGCCAGCAGGAUGCUGAAGAAGCAUUCUUUCAUAUUUUGUCUUCUUUAAGAGAAGAAGUUUCAAAUUGUUAUGUUCCAAUUUGUAGCUCUCUGGCAGACGUGUCUGCCAUUCGUAACUGUAGGAUUCUUCAUCCAGAGAGGGGGGUGGAUCAAAGUGAGCAGGAAAGAUGGCAACGAAGUUUCUUAGGGCCUUUUGAUGGAAUUCUUGGCAGCAAUUUAACUUGUGAAAGCUGUUCGUUUCAGAUCUCUCUGGAUUUUCAAUUUUUUCAUAGCUUGCAUCUUUCGCCCAUGCUUAGUAACGGUGGUAACAUUAUGCCAAGAUGUUCCUUGGAGGAUUGCUUGAAGCAAUUCUUUGUGGCAGAACGACUUGAGAAUUACUGCUGCAGCCACUGUUGGCAUGUUGCUGCAAUGAAGUACUUAUCUUCAAUGGCUGAAAAUGAGACAGAUAUUGGAAAACUUAGGCGGUGUUGUGAGCUAGAAGGUUCUUGUGACUGCAAAAAUCUUCCGCUUCUUGAAGCACUGCCAUGGUCAAACAGUUUUUCACAUACUUUCAAGCAACUAAGUAUUGCACGUAGUCCGAAGAUUCUAUGCAUACAUCUGCAACGUGUUUCAGUGAAUGAAUUUGGAGAGAUGGUUAAACUUCAGGGCCAUGUAUCAUUUCCGUUGAUUUUGAGCAUAUACCCCUUCAUGAAGAGUGGUGUGGGAACAAAGAACUGGGAAGAAAAUUUGCAGAGUCUGCAACAUCAGCCCUACCACAAUCACUUCCGUCUGCAACUUGAUACAAGCAUGAUAAAUGGCAUUUAUGGGCAAAUGGGGAAGAACAUUUAUUCAAAAGCAGCGAUUCCAGAGAAAUUGGGACAAUCUGCAUUUGAAAUUUCUGUUAACACCCAUGGGCAAGCUUUUCAAGGAGAAUCAAAUGUUCCCCAAAGUGGAGGUUGCUCAGACAUCAUGGUUGGUGAUAUAACAAUGCAAUCUGAUAACAAGGUGGAUGGGAAUUGCCAUUUGGCACCUUCACGACAUUAUAUAUACUGUUUAGUUUCUGUUGUCCAGCACUUUGGAAGAGCUGCAGGUGGGCAUUACACUGUUUACAGAAGAGUGAGAGCCAAAAACGAUGGAGGAGGUGACGUUCAUUGGUUUUGUAUAUCUGAUUCAGAAGUGUACAGUGUAUCAGAGAGAGAUGUUCUUGCUGCAGAAGCCAGUGUGCUCUUCUAUGAGAAAAUUUCAGAACACCCUGAAAUUUGCGGGCCAUAGUGCAAUGUUUUUUGUGAAGUUCAGUUUGUCUCUAAUGGCCCACAAGCUUCUCUUGGUGUUCUUGUUCUAGUAAGCCUGGAAUCUGCAUUUGCAUAGGGGGAUAGGGGCUUUGAGUGGGGGAUUUAAAUCAUUUGAUAGCUUAAAGAAACCCAAAAAAAUGUGCAUUGGAAUAUUAGUCUAUCAGAGAGCAUAUAUUAAAUUCCACUGUUGUUGUAUGAGUGAGUUCACAAUAUUGAGAACAUAUUUAUAGGAAAUAUGUUUGGAUCAAGAGCUAGUUGUAUUUUGUUUGCUUUUGUUUUUUGUUUUAAUCAACUUUGUAACAUUAUAUACACGUUUGGCUGGUUUUGAGUGAGUGUUACUUGUUGCAGUGAUCAUAUAUUUGCUUCCUUUCAUAA